AUGGCGGACCGUCAAGCAAUUCAGCAAAACCUCAACAACCAGCUCUCAAAACUGGAUGACCCGGACCCGGAUAUGAGAUAUAUGUCACUGAAUGAUUUGCUCGGGAUCCUCAGUAGCCCUAGCUCCGCAUACUUAGCUCAUGACCAGUUCUCGGCCUCGCGCCUAGCCGACGGCCUUCUCAAAGCCCUGGAUGACCAACACGGUGAUGUCCAAAAUCAAGCCCUGAAAUGUCUCGGUCCGCUCGUUGUUCGACUACCACCCGAAAGUCUUUCCUCCGUCCUCCAGAAACUGUCAGACUUGACGGCCUCCCAGACUAUAGAUACCUCGGUCCCCAAUACCGCAUUAAGAACCAUCGUCAUGGCACUUCCCCGUCCUCAGACCGGUCAAUUACCCACCCAGGAGGCUUCCACGGCGUAUGCGGCCGUUUCAAAUGUUCUUAUCCCUCGCUUGACCGGCCCAACAAAGUCCCACUCAACCAGGCGAGGCUCUGUCGUGAAGGGAAUGUUAGAAAAGGACCCUUCCAAUGGAUUCAGCAGCGAUGCGAUCGAUGUUCUUAUUCAAGUCGUCACCUGCUUUGGACCGCUUCUGAGGGAAGCCGAAUUGACUGCCCUCCAAAAGUCAGUGAUGUCUAUUAUCGAGAAUGACACGGCAGGCACCGUGGUUACAAAAAGGGCGCUGGCAGCUAUAUCCGCCAUAGUUCUGCAUCUCUCCGAUAAUCAAAUUAGCUCUUUCGUGAACGAUCUCUUAAACCGCUUCAAUUCUCCCCAACUUAGCAUCGUGCAUCGCCGUCACUUGAUUGCCACAAUCGGCAGCAUCUCAAGGAGCGCUCCAGCCAAGUUUGGUCCUCACCUUCCAAUGUUGGCCCCAUAUGUGUUUUCGGCUGUUGGUGAGGAUGAGUUGAGCCAGGUAUAA